CCUUCGUGACGCGUCUGACACCGUUGCUGUCAGUGACCAUUUUUGUGUGCACCUGGAGAACGUCACCGUGGAGGCCCGCGGUGGAGGUUUAACGGGCCCGGGAGGCACCUUAGGCCUACUCGGUGAAUCGCGAGUCGCCUCUAAUAUUCGAGGAUUUUUUGCUACCCGAAUCGGCAGCGCCCUACCAGAUACAGGUUAACCCGGAUGGCACUGCGCUUUCCCUCACGGACACCAGACAAGUAGCUUCCAUCCCAAGUAAAACCACCACCCACCGUUGAGAACUCUCCAAUAUGGCGAGAAGAAUCCCAUUCAUCAAUAUGGAGUUUGCCGAACUGAAAGCAGUCGUAUGGGCGAAACUCCAAGAGCCCCGGACCCAAAGAAAACUAGUGUUGAUUAUAGUGUCUAUAGCUUUGUUACUAGAUAAUAUGUUAUACAUGGUAAUAGUCCCUAUAAUCCCAGAUUAUCUACGGUAUAUUGGAGCCUACGAAGAUUUCACGGUUCCGGGAAACGAGUCGCUUCCACCAGGUACACCCAUGAAGCACGACCACCAUGGCCAGGAUCAGGCUACCGGCAUCCUAUUCGCAUCCAAAGCAAUAGUCCAGCUCAUGGUAAACCCAUUCUCCGGAGCGAUAAUCGACCGCAUCGGUUACGACAUUCCCAUGAUGAUAGGAUUGACCAUAAUGUUCCUCUCGACAGCAGUGUUCGCUUGUGGCCGGAGUUACGGCCUCCUCUUCUUCGCCCGAAGCCUACAGGGAGUGGGAUCGGCGUUCGCAGACACCUCCGGACUCGCCAUGAUCGCAGAUCGAUUUACGGAAGAAAACGAACGUUCACAAGCUCUCGGGAUCGCCCUGGCGUUCAUCAGUUUUGGUUGUCUCGUAGCACCACCGUUCGGCGGAGCCCUUUAUCAGUUCGCAGGCAAAGAGGUGCCUUUUCUAAUUUUGGCGUUCGUUUCACUGAUAGACGGUUUCAUGCUACUGCUGGUUAUGAAACCUAUCAAAGCCCAAAUAAAAGAAUGCCAAAUGGCCAAACCGCCAGGCGUGCCUAUUUGGAGACUGUUUAUGGACAAGUAUAUUGCAGUUUGUGCGGGGGCUCUUAUGAUGUCCAAUGUAGCUUUAGCCUUCUUGGAACCAACAAUCACCCUUUGGAUGGAGGACAAUUUAACAACGGAAAGCUGGAAAACCGGAAUAAUAUGGCUACCAGCGUUUUUCCCACAUGUCUUUGGGGUUAUUAUUACAGUAAAAAUGGCAAAAAAAUAUCCGCAAUACCAGUGGAUUAUGGCAGCGGGAGGCUUGGCCUUAGAAGGACUAUCGUGUUUCAUAAUUCCCUUUGCAAAUUCCUACAUUUUCCUUAUGGUCCCCAUUUGUACCAUAUGUUUCGGUAUCGCUUUAAUAGAUACAGCUCUUCUUCCUACCCUCGGAUACCUGGUGGAUGUCCGUUACGUUUCAGUAUACGGAAGUGUUUAUGCAAUCGCAGACAUUUCUUACUCGCUAGCAUACGCCGUUGGACCUAUUAUUGCCGGCGGUGUCGUAGAGGCAAUAGGUUUCACAGCACUUAAUGUACUUAUAGCUUUCAGUAAUUUACUUUAUGCGCCGGUACUGAUGUACCUCAAACAUAUCUACGACUUCAAACCGUUCGAGAACGAAGCCAACGUUCUAAUGCAAGAUCCUCCAAAUAAAGAAUAUCAAACUUAUACGAUGCACGACCAAAAACCCAUUUCAAGUGAAAUACAAAAUCAUUUGGAAUACCAACAACAAGAAACAGAUUUGAGCGCUAAUUAUCAACAGGGGUACCAACAACAAAACUACUCGCAAAAUUACCAAAAUACAUAUCAAGAACCGCCUUAUCAAGAAACUCCAUUCCAGCAGCAGCCACCUCCUCGUCCGCAGGGUCGUGUGCUGCCGCAACAACCUGAAGUGGCUAAUCCAUUCAGACCUCAAGUUCAAUCCACUGGAGGUAACCCUUUUAAACAAGGAUUUUAAAAACAGGUGUGUGUAUGUGUGUGUAUAAGUGUACAUUCGGAUUCUAAGUGUUUUUUCAUUUUAUGUAUAUACCAUACCAAAUUGUUCCUCUUGUUGUAUAUAUUUUGUAGAUUAGAUAAAUCAUUAUAUCCAGUAGGUGGAAAAAGCUUUGAGUGAGGCCAAUCAGCUCAAAUAUUUGAAUAUUUGGGAGGUCCAGGUCGAAAAUGAAAUAUCGAAAAUUUCAAAUUUAUAUUUUUAAGUCGUCUUGAUUUAGAUCUCUCCUGAUUUGAAUUAAUAAAGAGACAGGUAAAAAUUUGACGUUUCGAUUCUUUGCGGUCUUUAUCAAAAUAUGAUAUAGACACUGACAAUUUGCAUAUUUAUAUUUAGAAUAUAUCUUUAGAAUAAACAAAUUUCAAAUAAGAAGAUAUCUACAAUCAAGACGAUUUAGAAACAUAUCAAAAGGUCUAAUGAAUAAGAAAUUGAAGAAACUUUAAUUCUGUUAUUUAUCGCUAUAAUUUUAGUAAGACGUUUUUUAUAUGUCUUCAUAUUUUUAUAGAAGCUCUAGUCUGUAAUAUAUGCAAUAAUACAGUGUGUUCAGGAAAUGCUGUACUCAAACUAGAUAUGAUUUUAUGUCAUUUCAACCAUAUAAUACGCCUUUUGAUGAUCAAUGUUAUAGAAUCACCUCUUCAAAACAUUCUUAGAAAAUGCGCUACCUACAAACUUAAAACUUGAUAUAUUGUAUACAUAUGCAGUGAUUCAUUUUCCAAAAAUUCGAAUACUAUAAGAUGAAAAAAUAUGUUUGUAUGCUUUAAAUUAUUAUUAUGUUCUGUUUUCGACAAAAUAUUCACUUAUUUAAUUCUAUUCUAUUAUUAUCAUCAUCAACAUAAAACCAAAGAUUUUUCUUUACUUCAUGACAAUAUCAUUUCAUAACUCAAAAUUAUAAAUUGAUAAUAUUGAACAGCAUGAAGCAGAAAAAUUAAAAUAAAAAGACAGCUAUCGUACAGUAACCAUAAGUAUUGUCGUGUCAUUGGACAAACGUUUUUUAUUAACCAAUGUUUACCUCGCUGUAUCAAGAUAUCAUUGUAGAUUAAUAAAAUUUAUCAAUUUUGAAGUUUGCCAAGGAAUCGCUUUUUUUAAUAUGCUCAAAAAAAGGCACUAGCAAUCCACUACCUGGAUAUAAAAUCACAUCUUAUAGCUAUAGUUUGAUAGGAGAUUUUCUGGACACAUUGUAUAUAUUCAGUACUGGUACUGAAAUUGAUUUAUUUUUAUAGGUAAUUGUUAGAUAGGGUGUGUAGGGAUAUUGUGCAAUAUUGAAUUGGUAUCACUCAAAUCUUUAGGUCAAUUCUUUAACCAAAAUUCAAAAUCUAUAGGUUCAGUUAUAUUCUUUUUUCUCUCAUUAUUAUAUACAGAAAUGGUUUUCAGAAAAAGUUCAGUAUUCAGUGUUUAAAAAUGAGUAUAAAGUGUGGAAGGCCAAAUUAAUUAUAAUAAAUAUUUUUUGCUUAAUAUACUUAAUAAUCUUUAUUUGCUAUUUAUGGGUAUAACUGUCAUUCGAAAAAAGUUUUCCUAUUGAAUCCAGUCAGUUUAUAAUGUACCUAUAUUUUAUUUCCAAUAAAUAUGUACAAGAUUCCAUUUGGUUUUCUCACACUGUAUGAUGAAGACGAGCUUCUGAUAUUUGAUAUAUAAUGACUGGAAAUACACCUUUAAUUAAUAGGAGGAAUAGAAAAUUAUGCGAAUUUCAAAAGAUUUUAUGAGAAAGAAUUACAAAUUUUGUGUUUCACUUGAGAACAACAGCUUACCAAUGGCAAAAAAAUGCGCAAGGCAAAUUAUAAUUACUAUAUAAUAAAUUAUUGAAUCCUAUUUCAGCACAUUGUAUGAUAUCUCCACAUUUUUCAUAGUUUGAUCAAUGGAAGGAGAGACCAAUGAAGGAUUCUAUAAAAUUCAUUAUAAAGAAGAAACUAUGUGAAAAUUUAUCUCCAAAAAACUUCAGCUCGCUAGAUAAAAGUGAGGUUGUGUUGAUCAUUUGUUGGAAAGUAUGUAUUUUAAUAAUAUAAUCAUUUGAGUAUAACACGAUGAAAGGGAAGAAUCCCAAACUUUAAGUAAAACUGUACGCUCCCACAGCGUUCAUAUAUUUCUUUAUUUUGAAGGGAAUCAUGAAGUAAUGAUUGAAAUCCUAUGAUAUGUCAAUCUCUACAAGCCCCACAUGUCGAUAUUGUAGAUGAACCCUCAGUAAAGCAUGUAUGUCCUCUUUCCCUAUUGUUUUAUUUUUCUCUAUCUCCAACUGUCCUAAACAGUAUGAUAAAAAUUGCUCAUAUGAAAAUAAUGUUGAAAAAAUACACAUACUCUUAUUUACCAUGUUCGGUAUUUGCAAUGACGAGAAAGUUAUCUCCUGAAACGUCAAGAUCAUUUUUGAGACUAUCUAAGGCUUCAUCUCUAUUUUGUACCCAAACGGUAAUUUAAUAUAUUUAUACUGCGUAAAAUUAAAAACUUUAGAAUAUUUUCUUGCUAUUUUACAUUUUUACCACAAUUUUGAAAAUCUGUCGACGUUUAUCUUACGAUUUAGAAGGUGAAAUAUUAUAAAACCUUUUCUUUUAUCUAAAAUUGGAAAUCUUAUAGGUUCUAGUGAAGCCUACAACAAUAUAUUGGUCAGAUUGGCAAUCGUAUUGCUUUAAAAAUACUAUAAUAGAGUGAUUCAAUGAGAAUUUGCAGUAACGAAAUCUAAUGUGAACUUAUGAGGUACUGGCUUCUUUUUCUUCAAAAUAAAUAGCGAUUGAGAAUGUGAGAUCAAUUUUUUCCCACAAAUUCAUGGCCCUUCGACCUUUUAUUACACUCAAAUUGUCAUAAUAUUGAAAUGGAUAUUUUCCAACUAUUUAUGGUUGUUUUACUUUUUAUCAAGAUUUCUGAUAGUUCCUAUUUUUUCGAAUAUGAUUGAUUACACUAGACACAGUUUAUAAAGCACUUAGUUGUGGUGCUGAAUGGGAUCCCUUACAACUUUUGUAUUCUAUUGGAAACGAGAUUUGUUAAUUUUCAAAAAUAUACCGAAUAUUUGUGCUCUUUUGGACAGUAUUUUCCAAAACUGGAAUUGAAAAAUCUUCAAUUUUAGAUAGUUUAAAAUCGAUAGAACUUCUUUUAUUAAUUUUCAACACUUAGUGAGAUCCCAAGAAUUUUUAUCUAAUCAUCAUUUUUUUCGAUAUCUCCAACAGUUUUUAUGAUUUUCACUCAAAGUUAUAUUGUCAAAUGUCUUUCAUAUAAAUGUGAAUAUACACUGAAUAUUUCCAUAUAUCAUGAAGUUUUGAGUUAUCAUCAAAAAAGUGUUUUUCACUUUUGCUUUGAGUUUCAUUACUUUACAUUAUUUUCCAAGAGCUACAAUAAACAACCAAGAGAAAGCGAUAAGAAUAUAAAUUGAGAAUCUAGUUCAUAAAAAACUUCCAUAAAAGUAAAAAAAGUCUGGUAUGUAAGGAAAUCCUCUGAUUAUUGACAUACUGGAAACUGAACUAAGAUAGUGAAUUAACGUUCAAUAUGGAAAAAAGUUAAUGUCAUUAUUCAUAUUCAUAACGAUAACGAUUUAAUGAAAUAUAUCAUUUAUUUUUCAAAUUGUAGGCAAGAAGUGAUUUUAGUUUCCAAUGUUUAAAAGAUUAUUGCUGGAAAAGAGCCAAAGCAUCGAUCUUUUUAGAUAAUUAGCAAAAAGAAUUAUGCUUUCAAAAUAGUUGAAGAAUUGACUUACGUUUAAUCUGGGUACAUUUCUUUUGAUAAGCUUAUAAUUCGCAGAUAUUAAUGAUUCGAUUUGAUAUAAAAGAUUUCAACUCAAACUUUCUUCAUCAUCCAUACUACAGUAAUUUUUAUCACUAUUAGUGAAACAAUUAGGUAAGUAGUGAAAGGAUGUCAAUAAUUUCAUUCCAGUCACUAAGAAUCUCAAACGCUCAAAUAUGACAUUGAUUGGGAAUCAUAUCAUUAUCGGAAAUAUUCUCUGGUGUCUUCGUAAUUAAUUUUAUUGUUCACAUCGAUGAUUGUUAUAAUCAGGGUUCAUUUUAAUAGUAGAAUUUUAUAAAAAAUUGCCAGAAGUAGAAAAACUAUUGUGUGAAAAACUAUUUGUUGUAACUCGUAUUCUUUUGGGCUUGUUAUGAAAAAUUCUGCUUUCUUUUCGUUUGCACAAAUAACUAUUUAUUCCAUAUUAUCACUUCCAUAUUUUCUAUAAUAUUCUUUUUAUAUUUAUUAUUCAUUAUCCCAUAGGCUAUGAGAUCACCAUACAUUGAACCACAUAAUAAAAUAACUAGAUUGAACAUAGCUUAAUGCAAAAGGGCACACAAAAAAAGUUAUAGCUCUUCAGAAGAACAAAAUAGAAACGAAUUUUCUUCAAUAUUUUAUAUUCAACAUUUUGUUAUGAACAUGAAUAGCAUUGCAUUCUUUCCGAAAAAAAAAAAUUAUUUAAAUCCCCCGAUACGGUACAGCCCAAAGAUAUUUAGAGGGGUUUUGAAGCCAUAAAACCUCCCAAACUUUCCUUUGCUUCAAAAUUAAUUUUGAAUUCUCAAACAUUUGUUCAUUUUGGCUGUUGUUACUUCUUUAAAAACCUAGUUCUUAUCAAGAUUUGGCUUCUUUUCUAUUAAGCUUAUGAAAUUCUCUAGUUGAGUGCUCAACAAUUCUGGUCUCAACGAAUAUUUAUCUAACAGAUACCUCAAAAACUACAUAAUUCCAAUUGAAGCUUGUAUUUUUGGGAAUUUCUGAAUUAUUAAGUGAUUAAGAUUUUUGUUGACACAUAUGCAGAAAUCGUAGAUAUGUAUUUGAUAACGGGUUAGUUUGAUGAGGCUAAAACAGGUUUUCAAAUAUUUUUUUGUAAAUUGGUAAUCAUUAAUUAAUGAAGUGCAAAGUGCAGCAGCUGCGAAGCGUAAUGCAGUGUAGCAGGCAGAAAACGAUUCACUUCCAUUGAUCGCCUUUUGCUAAAGUUUUCUGAUAUUAAAAACCUUGGUACAAGCUCAAGAUGUUCGUUUAGUCAAAAUUUAAGAAACUUUAUUUUCAUUCUCAUCAAUUAACAGUAAAUUAGCAUUUACUAGAUGAAGAUUUUUCUAAAAUAAGGGGAUUUGCUAUUGUUUUUUAACAUAAAACAACGGAAAUAUCAUUUUUUUUUCAUUACGUUUGAAGCUAUGCCCCUUCAUAACGUACAUAUAUGUAUUGAAGAGAAUCCGUGCUUAAAAGAGUUUCAUAGCAGAAGCCUACUGAUUAUUUGGUUGUAAGAAAGAGAACGUGAAUUCUGUUAAAAUAAUUCACUUAUAACAUUUGACGCAUCCAUAGAACAAAAUGAUUUAUUCAGAAGACAAUAAUAUUCCGAAAUAAUUCUCUUUUUCUUCUUGGAACAGCGCCAAAUGUAUAAUCAGAAGAGUGGAGGUCGUUUUGAACUUCAAUCUAAUCAAAUGAAUACUUAAUGAAAAACAGGUUGCAUUUCGAUGAAAACUGUCUCUCAGAAGUAGUCAAAAAUGAUGUAUGAAACCGAUGAAGUCAUAAUACUGAAUAUUUGUAUCGCAUAGAAAAGUUUGAUGCUUUUUAGAGGCUCAUAAUCUUCCCAAAAUGUUUAAAAGCUCUUCAGACAUAGUAGUUUCUAUAAGAACAGUUCAUGAAAUAUGGAAAAAAUAGAUUUCCGUUGUUCGUUUCCCAACAGCUGUAACUUUUUUUGAAUGCAAAAUAUUUUUCACACCAGAAUAUGUAGUUAGUUCUUUUUUCAUCAUAUUCGUAAUAAAAACGGAUUAAGUCGCAUAAAAUCCUAUACAAAAGAUUGUGAAAGCAUUUUAUUACUCUUGAAAGAAAUGUGGAAUGAGUAUAUUGAAUAGUUUCGAUCUGCUUUUAUUUAUUCAGUAGAAGUACAAAAAAAUAAAGAUUAUGGACCUUAUCAAAGAAAUUUCACCUUCACAUAUCUAAAAUAAUCAAUUAUAUCUGCUAAUAAUUAUAAAUAUGUACCCAUAUUAGACAAAGAUCGUAUUUUAUUCACAACUAUAAAGAAAAUAUAUGGAAAUACAUAUUUUAGUUUGUCUCUGAUAGUUUUGUUUGACGUUUUUAAUAUAUUCUAAUAAUAUAUCAACUAAGAUCGCAAACAUAUCAGAAUCGAAUGAUUCAAAGUGUUAAGUCGUGAUAGGUCGAUAACUCGAUCGCUUAGAUAUACAGAAUUAGUUAUUAAGACAGAGGAUAUCUUUGAAAAUUGUUCAAAUGAUGUGAAAGAAAUGAAUUAAUAUCAUUCGGUGCUAAGCCGGUCCAUAUAUAAAUUUGGACUAAUCCAGAAAGUUGAUUUUUUGAGUAUUGUACGUGUAGUACCUUUCCGCAUCUGAAAAAAAGGGUUGAACUUUCUAUAAUACCUCUAAUAUGCGAUUUGAUACAGGAAAUCUGAUAAAACUUUAUUUGUAGCUUUUUUAUACAACUUAUGCCAACAUUUUUUUCUACCGUUAAUAUUUGAUCAGAUAUCAAAAUUUCUUUAAUUUCUUAUUUCUUAGACCUUUUAAUAUGUUUAUGUUUCUGAAUGUUCUUGAUUAUAAGUCUCUUCUGUUUCAAAAUUAGUUUUAUUAAUAAUUUUGCAAUAAAAGAGACCUAAAAUUCAAGAACAUUUAGAAACAUAAAGAUAUCAAAAUUUAGAUCAUAAAAUUUGUUUUUUCCCACUUUCCCUCGUUUCAUGCAAGAUAUCAAAAACAGUUUUCUUUCAGUUGAUCUUAUAGAAAAAUAUGACCUAUAAAGUGUCGCAAAAUUGUCCAUACCAUUCCUCCAAGCACGUUCCUCUUCACCAUUGAGAUGCUUAAAAGAUUAUGGAACUUCGUCUUAUUACUCAUUAUUCUAUCUACUCCAUUCCAUUGAAGACAGUUGUGUUUUGAGCGCCUCUACGGAUUUGUGAAUGAAGCUCGGAAUUUGACCAAAAAGAAAACUGACUAACGAAGAGCGUAGAAGGGAAUGUUGAGAGCAUGAGCAUAUGUAGUUACAAAGUCGAUCGAUUUAGAGGUUAUAUCUACCACCAGAUAGUAAUCAAACUUUGCUGUAUAUGGUGUUUAUAUACAUGAAAAUUAAGUGAAUAUUUUGCGAUUACAGUGAACGACAAAGAAGUUGGAUCAUCUUCACUACUCACAUCAACGGAAAACGCAGUAUAUAUCAUAUAUUUACAAGUGGAAAAGUAGCUCUAGGUUUAUAAGCUUCCUUAAGAAUAUGGUUAGCGUCGAACAAAUUAUUGACUUACAGUCCAUGCGUAGUACAAUUGAACCAGCUUCAUCAGAUCUUUUGAAACUAAACUGUCUGUGGAAGUAGAUGAACAGGUGUUGCUUCAAUUGUAGUGUGCGAAUAUACAACAAAGACGUCAAAGUCUAACCAUGUGAAUAAUUUCAUUACAUACUAAGAAACCGAAAAUGCGCACCGAUUUACGUCGUGUAAGUCAUGAUUUUAACUUGAUUUCAAAUAUUAAUACGCUCUAAUAUUUGAGAUUUCUUUCAAUUCUGUCACGUG